UAUUGCAUAUUUCCGGUGUUUGGAACGCAGGUGGAUACGCUUGGAAGGGCUUAGCUUCCGGAAUAGCUGUCUGUGCAGCUCCCUCUGAACUCCCGGGGCUUGUCCAUAUCCGGUCGCAAAUUAUACCGAAGGUCCGCAGCAGAUCUCAUCGAGCCGGUGCGUGAGGAAAGGAUAGAUAAAUUCUCUGGUGUUUCAACAGGAGACAGAACCAUGACAGACUCAAAGUAUUUCACCACCAACAAAAAAGGGGAGAUUUUUGAGCUGAAAGCUGAGCUGAACAAUGAGAAGAAAGAAAAACGCAAGGAAGCUGUGAAAAAGGUUAUUGCCGCCAUGACAGUGGGCAAAGAUGUCAGCUCUCUCUUCCCAGAUGUGGUAAACUGCAUGCAAACAGACAACCUGGAACUGAAGAAACUUGUCUACCUAUAUCUGAUGAACUAUGCCAAGAGCCAGCCUGAUAUGGCUAUUAUGGCCGUUAAUAGUUUUGUUAAGGACUGUGAAGACCCCAAUCCUCUGAUCCGUGCCCUUGCUGUGCGCACAAUGGGCUGCAUUCGUGUAGAUAAGAUCACAGAGUACCUUUGUGAGCCUCUGCGAAAGUGUCUGAAGGAUGAGGACCCAUAUGUUCGCAAGACUGCUGCAGUGUGCGUGGCCAAACUUCAUGACAUCAACGCACAGAUGGUGGAGGACCAAGGCUUCCUUGACUCGCUACGGGAUCUUAUUGCAGACUCCAACCCAAUGGUGGUGGCCAAUGCUGUGGCAGCUCUUUCUGAGAUCAGCGAGUCCCAUCCGAAUAGUAAUCUGCUGGACCUGAAUCCCCAAAACAUCAAUAAGUUGCUGACAGCCUUGAAUGAAUGUACCGAGUGGGGUCAGAUCUUCAUCUUGGAUUGCCUGUCUAAUUACAAUCCCAAGGAUGAGAGGGAGGCUCAAAGCAUCUGCGAGCGUGUCACUCCUCGGCUGUCCCACGCCAACUCUGCUGUGGUCCUCUCAGCGGUUAAGGUUUUGAUGAAGUUCCUGGAACUCUUGCCCAAAGACUCUGAUUACUACACCAUGCUGUUAAAGAAGCUGGCGCCUCCACUGGUGACCCUUCUUUCAGGAGAACCAGAGGUGCAGUACGUGGCUCUGAGGAACAUAAACCUCAUUGUCCAAAAACGGCCGGAAAUUUUGAAACAGGAGAUCAAAGUGUUCUUUGUCAAAUACAAUGAUCCUAUUUAUGUCAAGCUUGAGAAAUUGGACAUCAUGAUACGACUGGCAUCACAGGCCAAUAUCGCUCAGGUGUUGGCGGAGCUGAAGGAAUAUGCUACAGAGGUGGAUGUGGAUUUUGUCCGUAAGGCUGUCCGUGCCAUAGGCCGAUGUGCCAUCAAAGUUGAGCAAUCUGCAGAGCGCUGUGUGAGCACCUUACUUGACCUUAUCCAGACCAAAGUUAACUACGUGGUGCAAGAGGCAAUUGUGGUCAUCAGGGACAUUUUCCGCAAGUACCCGAACAAGUACGAGAGCAUCAUUGCCACUCUGUGUGAGAAUCUAGACUCUCUGGAUGAGCCAGAUGCCCGCGCUGCCAUGAUCUGGAUUGUUGGAGAAUACGCAGAGCGCAUCGACAAUGCAGAUGAGCUGCUGGAGAGUUUCUUGGAAGGAUUCCACGAUGAGAGCACACAGGUGCAGCUCACUCUGCUGACUGCCAUUGUCAAACUGUUCCUGAAGAAGCCAUCAGAAACACAAGAGCUGGUACAGCAAGUCCUGAGCCUGGCUACACAGGACUCUGAUAACCCUGACCUGCGAGACCGUGGCUACAUUUAUUGGCGUUUGCUGUCUACUGAUCCGGUAACGGCUAAAGAGGUGGUUUUGUCCGAAAAACCCCUUAUAUCUGAGGAGACAGACCUAAUUGAACCCACUUUACUGGAUGAGCUGAUCUGCCAUAUUGGCUCUCUGGCAUCUGUUUACCACAAGCCUCCUAAUGCUUUUGUUGAAGGGAGCCAUGGAGUUCAUCGCAAGCACCUGCCUAUCCAGCACGGGAGCAUUGAUAUAGGAGACAGCCCAGUGGGACCCGCUCCAUCUGCUGCUCUGGAGCAGCCGCAGGUCAUCCCCUCACAGGGAGACCUUCUUGGUGACCUCCUUAAUUUGGACCUGGGACCUCCAGGGAAUGUGCCACAAGUGUCCACUAUGCAGAUGGGAGCAGUGGAUCUUCUGGGAGGAGGACUGGAUAGCCUGCUGGGAAGUGACCUUGGAGGAGGCAUUGGUGGAAGCCCUGCGGUUGGGACAACCUUCAUUCCUUCCUCGGUUCCUACAACGUUUGCUCCCUCCCCUACCCCAGCCGUGGUUAGCAGUGGCCUGAAUGACUUGUUUGAGCUUUCCACUGGUAUUGGCAUGGCCCCCGGGGGAUAUGUUACACCAAAAGCUGUGUGGUUGCCUGCCGUAAAGGCCAAAGGGCUUGAGAUCUCUGGUACGUUCUCCCACAGACAGGGACAUAUCUACAUGGACAUGAACUUCACAAACAAGGCGCUACAGCACAUGACUGACUUUGCCAUCCAGUUUAACAAGAACAGCUUUGGAGUCAUUCCCAGUACCCCUCUGGCUAUCCACACGCCCCUCAUGCCAAACCAAAGCAUUGAUAUUUCCCUCCCUCUUAACACCCUUGGGCCAGUCAUGAAAAUGGAGCCACUUAACAACCUUCAGGUUGCUGUGAAAAACAACAUUGAUGUCUUCUACUUCAGCUGCCUCAUACCUCUGCAUGUACUGUUUGUGGAAGAUGGAAAGAUGGAACGCCAAGUCUUCCUGGCCACCUGGAAGGACAUUCCCAAUGAGAACGAACUUCAGUUCCAGAUUAAAGAGUGUCAUCUAAAUGCAGACUCGGUUUCCAGCAAACUCCAGAAUAACAAUGUUUACACCAUCGCCAAGAGAAAUGUUGAAGGACAAGAUAUGCUUUACCAAUCCCUCAAACUCACCAAUGGCAUCUGGAUACUGGCAGAGCUGAGGAUCCAGCCUGGGAACCCUAAUUACACGCUGUCUCUGAAGUGCCGUGCUCCGGAGGUGUGUAAUUACGUGUACCAAGUCUAUGACUCCAUACUGAAGAACUGAAAAUAAAGAUCCAUCGUCUGGUUUCCUUUAUGUGUAUAAAACUACUUUCCAUGUGACAUGACUCAAUUGUAGCUUUUUAUUCUUUCUUCUUACUAAAUAAUCCAUUACAUAGGCUGGAAACCCUGAUUUUGGGCUUCAAGCUGCAGCAGAGCUCGGCUGGAAUCUUUCGGCUUAGUAGGCUUUGGAGGAAGAACUUUCUAUGUUUUAACAGGUCUGUUACAGCCUCCAAAUUGCCUGUUUCUCAAAAAAAGAGUAUUGGCUGCUUACAGAGACCUGUUUCAGAUUUAAUUGCACAGCAAUAUAUACAGCCCUGUAGCUUUCUAACUACUGUGCUCAUAAUAGAUGUGCCCCUAUACAUAUACAGCACUGUGGAUAUAGAUAUAUUACAUUACAGCCAAUAUAUGUACUGUGACCUAUUAAAUUGCCAACACAUUUAGAGUGCAAAGUAGUGACUUCCUUGGAGACCAUGUGUGCACUUAUAUCAAGCCAGAUACAUUUCAUAGAAGCAAGCAAUCCAUGUAGUGGCACUAAAAUAAUUUCAUAUAAUCCUUUAUGUAAGUAAUCCGGGUUAAUGUAUACCACCCAUGCAUAGCUAGUAGUCUUUUCCUAUUGUAUGUGCUUGCUGAAGUUAAACCUCGUUGACCUUCUAGUGUAUGUGCCACUUGUGUUAGUGCUUUACUUGUGGUUUACCAGUGCUUUUCCCUACCUUUCUGUGCGCACUUACAUUCCGUGCCAACCCAUAGUGCUUCCUAAACUGGAUGCUUUUGUAUCGUACAAGCAAAUUUUGUGUUGCAAGGAAAACUUACAAAACCAAUUAAAUGUGUCAGAUGUGUUUCAAGAAAA